AUGAGGGCCCUCCAGGAGCAGCAGCGGCUCGGGAUGAACCCGCGGCCGGGCGGGCUGCCAGAGUGGGUGGAGAUGUGGGGCGUGGAUUCCUUCCGCAAGACGGGCUACGUGCUGGCCGGGCUAUCCGCCGCCUCCGUGCCGCUCGCCUUGGGCGGUCACAUCGCGGAGCUGCUGCCCGUGCUACUGACUGGCACGACGGCGGGCUACUGGGCGCUGGGGCUUAAGGACAUCGGGCAAAAGUCGCACACGCUGCGGCGCAACUUCCCGGUGAUGAUCCACUUCCGCUACCUGCUCGAGGGCAUCCGGCCCGAGAUCCAGCAGUACCUCAUCGAGGACGAGCAGAAGAUGAUGAAGAUCGGCGCAGACACGCACGCGCUGGGCACGCGGCGUGACGUCUACUCCCCGGGCUACGAGUGGGCGGGCCACUCGAUGUUUCCGGAGCCGAUGUGCGACCUCGACGAGGCGCGGGUGCUGGUCGGCGGCCCUGCCUGCAAGCAGCCCUACUCGGCCGCGCUGCUCAACAUCUCCGCGAUGUCGUACGGCUCGCUCUCGGGCAGCGCUGCGCUCAACCUCGGCGCCAAGAAGGGGGGCUUCUACCACAAUACCGGCGAGGGCGGCAUCAGCAAGUACCACUUGCUCGGCGCCGACGUCGUGUGGAACGUCGGCACGGGCUACUUCGCUUGCGGCAAGAACGUGGAGCCGCCGGCCUUCAAGGGGCAGCGCGAGUUUGAUCCGGAGCUCUUCGCAAAGAACGCGACGCGGCAGCCGCCGCCCGCGCCCUUUGACACAAACUGCCUUCCAACCUCCACCCCUCCUCCGCAAGCCGCUCCCUCUGAGACCCAUCUGACCCCUCCUCCCUCCGCGCGCCCUCGGCGCAGGCCUGAGAUCAAGAUGAUCGAGAUCAAGCUCUCGCAGGGCGCCAAGCCGUCGCACGGCGGCAUCCUUCCCGCCAACAAGAUCACGCCCGUCAUCGCUGACGCUCGCGGCUUGGGCCCGCCGCCGUGGUCCGGCUGCAGCUCGCCGCCUGUGAUGCCACGCUUCAAGAUGUGCGUCGGCCGACCCGAGGAGUUUGCGGCGCUCUGCCACGCGAUGAUCGACAGCGGCACCGUCCCCGACUUCAUCACCAUCGAUGGCGGCGAGGGUGGGACCGGCGCGGCGCCGGCCGAGUUCCAAGACAGUCUCGGCAUGCCGGCGCGCGACGGGCUGAGGUUCAUCAACUCGAUGCUCAUCGGCUGCAACUUGCGCGACCAGGUCAAGCUCAUCGUCGCGGGCAAGGCGCUCAAGUGCAACUCGAACCACUGCCCGACGGGCAUCACCACCCAGCAGCCGCACCUCGAGUCGGGCCUCGACGUGGGCACGAAGGCGCUGCGGGUCGCCAACUACCAAGAGGCGACGGUGCACUCGGCGCUCGAGAUCAUCGGCGCGCUCGGCUGCAAGUCGCCCAAGGAGGUCACCUCGGACAUGAUCUACCGGCGCUCGGCGACGAACGGCGGCUACGGCGUCGAGAACUACGCGGACCUGCAGGCCGAGGCCUACUUUGCGAAGCUGCCCGAGGGCGCGCUGGUCGACCCGGCCAAAAAGGACCAGCUGCCGCCCCAGUACGUCGGCUGGUGGGAGAAGGGGGGGGAGAUUUACAAGAAGGCUGGCACUGCCUGA